UUUUUUAAAGCUCCCAGAUUGAUUUCAAUAAACUACCAGAGUUGAGAACUGCUAGGUUUUAGGCAAUGUCCCUAAAUAACCAUUAAAGUCAGUUAUUUUUUGGGCAGAAGUGGUCCCAGAUAUCUCUCAAAGGGGUGUAUGCCAGGUAUAUUGGUCUUCUCCUUAUCAAGAGGGAUGUCAUGAUGGUGGUUGCCCAUUGCUGUGCUCUUUCCCCAUCCCAAGGCCUCAUUUAUCGCCAGUAAAGACCAAGCUUUCUCUUUUCCCACUAUGCUCCAAUACCUUCUCCUUCAAGAUAGUAGGCCAGAGGAAUUGCAUCAUUUGGAUUGGAGGGGGUCACGAUUUGCACACUCCCAGAUGACGCUGGCAUGAGAAUUGAGACAGGGCUCUUGUCUCCAGGUCUAGGACAUGUCUGGAAUGGUGGUCCAGAGGCCAGCUGAGGGGGUUGUGCAGGCUUUAGCUUCACAUCAUAGGAUGUGGGAACUUGGAGACCAGGUGUCUUUGGAACUGUCCCCCCUGCAGGCUUCCAGCAUCAUGUGGUAUGUCAGCACCCGGGGCAUGGCCCCACGGGUCAACUUUGAGGGAGCCCUCUUCUCUGGUUAUGCAUCAGAUGGGGGCCUCUUCAUGCCUGAGGAGCUCCCACAGCUGGACAAAGAGACCCUGUGUCAGUGGAGCAAGCUCUCCUAUCCUGGCCUGGUGAAGGAGCUGUGCACCCUCUUCAUCGGGCCUGAGCUCAUUCCAAGAGAUGACUUAAAUGAUCUUAUUGACCGAGCCUUCAGCAGAUUCCACCACAAAGAAGUGGUCCAUCUGUCUAGGUUGAAGAAUGGGCUGAACGUGUUGGAGCUGUGGCAUGGGGUCACGUAUGCAUUCAAGGACCUGUCCCUGUGCUGUACAGCACAGUUUCUGCAGUACUUCCUGGGGAAGAGGGAGAAGCACGUCACUGUGGUUGUAGGAACAUCUGGGGACACAGGGAGUGCUGCCAUUGAGAGUGUUCAAGGGGCAAAGAACGUGGACAUCAUCGUUCUGCUGCCCAAAGGUCACUGCUCUAAGAUUCAGGAGCUCCAGAUGACAACAGUGCUGAAGGAGAAUGUCCAUGUGUUUGGAGUGGAGGGAAACAGCGACGAGCUCGAUGAGCCGAUCAAGGCCGUGUUUGCUGACGUGGCUUUUGUCAAGAAGCACCAUUUGAUGAGCCUGAAUUCAAUCAACUGGUCCCGGGUCCUCGUGCAAAUGGCCCAUCACUUCUUUGCUUACUUCCGGUGUGCAUCCUCCUUGGACACACGCCCCCUGCCCGCUGUGGAGGUGGUUGUGCCAACGGGGGCUGCCGGUAACCUUGCAGCUGGGUGCAUUGCUCAGAAGAUGGGCCUGCCCAUCCGCCUGGUCGUGGCAGUGAACCGCAAUGACAUCAUCCACAGGACCGUCCAGCAUGGAGACUUUUCUCUGUCCGAGGCUGUCAAACCAACCUUGGCAUCAGCUAUGGACAUUCAGGUGCCAUACAACAUGGAAAGGAUCUUCUGGCUGCUCUCCGGCUCUGACAGCCAGGUGACGAGAGUCCUCAUGGAGCAGUUUGAAAGGACCCAAAGCCUGAAACUGCCCCAGGAACUGCACAGCAAGCUUUCAGAGGCAGUGACAUCUGAGUCAGUGUCAGACGAGGCCAUCACCCAGACCAUGGCCCGCUGCUGGGCCGAGAACCGGUACCUGCUGUGCCCCCACUCAGCCGUGGCCGUGAGCUGCCAUUACCAGCAGGUGGACAGGCAGCAGCCCAGCAGUGCUCCCCGGUGCUGCCUGGCCCCGGCCUCUGCGGCCAAGUUCCCGGAAGCUGUCCUGGCUGCCGGACUGUCCCCUGAGACUCCUGCAGACAUCCUAGCCCUGGAGCACAAGGAGACCCGCUGCACCCCUAUGAGGAGAGGCGACGACUGGACGCUGAUGCUUCGGGACACGAUUGAGGACCUGAGCCGGCGGUGGAGGGGUCAUGGCCUGAACUCCUCAGAAUAGCCAGGCUCUGUCUGGCUUCCCUUAGGCUUCAGGCCCCAGGGAGGUGCAGCUUCUGAGCUGCCUUGUGCACCUACUCCCCUUAAGAGUUGUAGUAGAAGGUUCUCGGGAGGCUCAGUGGGUCUGGAGCCAGCUGGUUUUGCUCUGUCCCUUGGCUGCUCUGGGCUCCGACCUGGCAGUGCUGUGCCUGGUCACCAGGGAGGCUGGGUGGGGGGUUGCGGAUGGUUGCUGGAAGUGCCCCCACCCCCUGCUGAACCAUGCCGCACGUGGAAGUUUCAGGGCCUGCAAAUGAAGAGCCCUGGGCACAGGAUCAGCCGCAGCUCCAGGGGCUUAGGACCCUAGCCCUGUGAAGGCGGGGGCCGCUCACCACCUCAAUGUAAGCCUGCAGCUCACAGUCUCUGAGCCUUAGUGGAUCUGGCCCCCAGACCAGAUCCAGAGAUCUCGGUCCACCUUAUCAGAGGCUUGCACCCUGUUAAAGUGUUGCGAACCCCUGGAAUAAAGCGCUUGUCCAGUGUGAUGGAGACACUGCACGUCCUGUGGGCACAUCCCUUCCCAGCCCUGGUGGCUGCUGAGUGGUGAUGCUGUGGUGUGUGCUGUGUCCACCUGCUGCACCAGCUGGGCCAAGCCUUGAGGGGCCGGCAGAGCAGACAGGGGCAGGUGGCCCUGGUGGUGGUGGUGUCCCUAGGGGUGGGAUCACCAGCUCGAGGCCCUGUGGGAAAGCAUGGGCACCAAUGUGCACACUGAGCCGGGUUGCCCUGUUGCUCGUAUAUCGAGUACACUGGCAGACCUGGUUAUUUAUAUUUCUGGGUUCAAGUCCUGUGUGGAGUGAGGAGAGUUUUAGGCAAACCCAGACACAUGAAUGUCAAUACAAACCUCAUGCUGUGGACCCUGGGGGUCCCUCUAGAAGGUGGGGGCGGAGAGGCAGGCAUAGGGAGGUGCUGUUGCCCACCCUAAGGGCUGCUGUGAAAUGCCCCAGUGGGCCUGGCUUCCAGAGCUCCCUUCCCCUGCCCUGAGGUCUAAAGACACUGGUCACGCAGGGCUGAUCUCUGCCUGGCUGUCCCCAUCAGAACAUGCCAGCCCUGCAUCUUUGUGGUGCCCAGAGACCGGAGGGAGAGGUCUGAGGGCACCUCUGCUUGAAAACUCACCACUGAGGCAUAACAUUCAGUACCAAGAGGGAAGGGGAAGAUGCUGGACCUGCAGCAAGAUGGAAGGAAUGACUGACUCCUUACAGGCCAUGGCUCUUGACAGUUUCUGAGACACUUUAAUAUCCACAGUAGCAGACACUGAUGGAGGCCCUGGGGCCACUUACCUGUUAGGUAUGAGAGGCUCAGUGCUUAGGGUUACCAUAUUGUCAGAGGCCCAUGGAAAUGUCUUAAUUUCUUUUAAAACUGAAAGAAAACAAUGAAUAUAAUCCAGCUUGGAUUACAUUCAUCUCUCUACCAACACAAUUGUACAAUAAAAUUUUUAAUAUUUUUUUUGUAAUUGAGAUUCUAUUGGUUGUGUUGAAGAUCAGUACAGACAUUUCAAUUUGUACACAAUUCUUAACAUACAUACCGAAAAUCUAAAAAGCCAUUUAUUUUCAUUCUUUUUAAAACAGUUAUUCCAGUGAUUUUCCAGCUUAAAAUUUGGAGACAAAUUUUCCUUAGGAGGAUAUCAAGUACCAGUAUCUUCAAAUGUUGAUAAGCUGUUACAUAAGUCCCACCAAUUCACAAUUUAUUAUCAUAUAUACUACAUACUCAAAUUUUCAAUCUUUCACAGCACAUUAACAAAGUUAUUAG